AUGGCAGCUACAUACGGAGAUAUCAGGCACCUACUGCCGGGCAACUACAAGCGCCAAAUCACCGACUGGCUAGAGGAGGACUGCCCGAGCCUAGACUAUGGCGGUUUCGUCGUCGGCGAGUCGGAGGGCGAGGCCCGAUUACUAGGAAAGAGCAAGGGCAUAAUCGCCGGCAUCCCCUUCGUCGACGAAGUUUUCUCCCAGCUGGGUUGCGAAAUCGAAUGGCAUAUCAAAGAAGGCGAAGCCCUAAAUCUAACACCACACCACCACUGCGCAACAGUCCGCGGCCCCGUCCGCAAAAUCCUCCUCGGCGAACGCGUAGCCCUAAACAUCCUCGCCCGCUGCUCGGGCAUCGCAUCCAAGAGCGCGUCCAUGCUUUCCGCGCUCCGCGCCGAAGGCUGGAAAGGUACACUAGCCGGUACGCGCAAGACAACACCGGGUUUCCGCGUCGUGGAAAAGUACGGUAUUCUUGUCGGUGGAGCGGAUCCGCACCGUCAUGAUCUGAGCCACAUGACCAUGCUGAAGGACAACCAUGUGUGGGCUUGUGCGAAUAACCGCGCUGCGGCGGAUGGGGGGCGUGAGGGUGAGACGUUGGAUCCGAACUCGAUUGAGUCCAUUGCUGCGGCGAUUCCGAGGGCCGUGCUUGCUGCGAAGAGUGCGGGGGGGGAGGCGAAUGCGGCUAUUGGGGCUGGGGCUGAUGUUAUUAUGUUGGAUAAUUUUACGCCUGAGGGGGUGAGGGAGGCGGCGAGGGUGCUGAAGAAUGAGUGGGCUGGGAAGGGCCGGGCCUUUUUGAUUGAGGUUAGUGGUGGGUUGACGGAGGAGAAUGCUGCGGCUCAUACGUCCCCGGAUGUGGAUAUCUUGUCCACCAGCUCGAUUCACCAGGGGACUGGGAUUGUGGAUUUCUCGCUCAAGGUCUCGCUGCGGUAG